AUGAAGCUCGUCCGACGCACGCUCGAAUCUCCCCACGUCUCCCCGUCGCGGCAGUCCGCUGAACCCAUCCCUAGUUUUUUGCAGAAGUGCCAGAAUGAACAGGUGACGUUCGAGCUCAAGAAUGGCUCGAUCGUUCACGGUACGAUCAUUUCCGUCUCUCCGGCUAUGAACGCCCAGCUUCACCAAGUGAAGGUCACCCCUAAGAAAUCCGAGGCGACCACCUCGCUCGAAACCCUCAGCGUUCGCGGCGCCAGCAUCCGCUACUGCAUCCUCCCCGAUAACCUGCCCCUCGAGACGCUCCUCGUUGACGACUCGGUCAAGGCCAAGCAGAAGGCACGCAAGGAGCACGACCGUGGUCGUGGCCGCGGCCGCGGCCGUGGCGGUCCCCGGGGCCGUGGUCGCGGCCGUGGUGGUCACCGUGGCUUCUAA